AUGUCGCCAGCACCGGAGAAACAUCUCCGAAGCAUCUUUGACAAAUACAGGACUGGAACGGAGUCCACGGAUCGGCGCAGGAGUUCUACCCUGGGCAGUCGAACCACUGCGGCCUGCAACACGCCGCCCCGAGUAGCCAGCCCAAGCGCCCGCGCCAGGCGCUUUGUAGAGAGCUCCGGCACUGCGACCUUCCUCAGCCAAUGGGAAAAGCAGCGCAGUCGGCUACGGGCGGAGCUCAAGGAUUGGACGAGUCGUCUGCAGAAGACGGAUGGCUUGGAUUCAGGCCCAGAACUUGUGUCGGUCGAGCCUAUCGUCUCACUUGGUGAAGAGCUUCACCGUUCCAGCGGCUCCCACUACAGGGCGCACCUGAAGCUCCAGUGCGAGGAUGGCAUUCAUGCUUGGAGCACGGAGCCUUUCUCGCUAGAUGAGCUGCUGCGAAUCGUCGUGAGGACGCGGGCCGCUUCAGCCACACGCUGGUGCUGGGUGGGGAAACGUGAGGCCCUACAGGCGGUGUCUUCGGGCCCCGACAGCGUCUGGGCUUUUGUAAGCAUAGCCCUGUGCGCUGCCCGGGGCCUAGUUCAGCAGAUUUGUGAAGACCUGUGCUUUCUGGUCUCUGCUGCUUUGGGUGUCCUGGUUGUUGGCCAAGCUCCUCAGGUACGCCAUUCGCUGAUGCUUGCUGCCAUGAUAGCAGAUAUGCCUGACAUGCUUCCGGCCCUUGAGCCGCUGCUGGCACUCCUCUUCUCCUUUGCGCUAGGCAGCUUCGGCGCGCUCCUGAUGGCUGGCUUGACAGAGGUCUCCUUCCUCCCGGCCAAGGCCAUCUUGAGCCUAGAGCGGAAGGCUGAGACCGAGAAGGUGCGGGAGCAGCUAAAGCUGCUGCUUCGUGGCAAAGACUGCCUGGGCAACCUGGACAUUUGUAACUUCCUGUCCUUGGGCAUGGCCACCUACUUCAACUCCUCCGAGACUCACAAGGAGGGGCGCUGCUUUGUCCGGCGACACGAGACGACUGAGGACUACUUCAUGAACCGCAGGCGGCAGCGAUGCUCCUGCUUCUGCCUCCGCUGCGAUUUCCGCCUGGAGCUGGCGCGCAGGAGGGGUCUCCAGGAACGCUGGCUCGUGCUUCGGAAGGAUGGGAUCGCACUCUUCUCCUCGCUCAUGGAUGCCGACCCGACGGACAUGCUUUUCUUCGACACCAGCUUUGCCCUCUUCCGGGACGAAGAGGACCAUGUGUUGGUGAAGGGCGCCUCCUGGGUUCUCGAACUCUCCUUCGGGGAUGGCCCACGUAGGCACAGCAGCGCGCAGGGAUGGUGUAAUGCCAUCACGGUUACAGCACAGCUGUCCACCAGAACUAGAGAGCAGAGAUAUGGCUCCUUUGCACCGCUGCGGCUCCCUGCGGCUUCGAAGGCUGGCGAUCGGCAUCUGCUCCGCAGAAGCCUCUGCCGCUAUGCCCUGAACGGCCGUGCCAUCUUCAGGGCCAUUGCGGAGGCCAUCCUGCUUGCCAAGCACGAGAUCUUCAUUCUUAGCUUUUUCUUGAGCCCUCACAUCGAGCUGCUGCGGGAAGGUGAAUCUUUGCCGGGCCUGCCAGAUUCAAAGGUUCAGACUCUGCUCAAACACGUGGCAGACCGCGGUGUUCGGGUCUACGUGCUACUGUACCAGGAGACAGGGAAGAUCGUUCCGAACGAUUCAAGCUACGCUGAGGGGCAGCUUCAGCACAAGAACAUCUUUGUUGUCCGCCACAGGAGCAGAUUUGACAGCAACCUGCUAUGGACACACCACGAGAAGGUCGUCGUCGUUGAUCAGCAGCUCGCCAUCGUCGGAGGACUCGAUCUGUGCAUCGGGCGUUAUGAUGACUGGAGGCAUCGAAUCUCCGACUCUGGUGCGGAUGUCUGGAAGGGCCAGGACUACUACAACCCAAGAAUCAAGGAUGUCAUCGAUGGCCGGCUCCACUCGGACCUGCUGGAUCGCACGCGGCAGGCACGCCUCCCUUGGCAG